UUCCUACUUCCUAGGGUCGUAUCGAUCGCGCUCGCAGGUUUCUCGGGAUCGAUCCGUUCUCGGGUUGCCGUCGUAUGAUCUGCCUUGUACUCCAAAACUCCCAAGCCCUAGCCAUGGAAUCCUCGUCCACCAUCCCGGGCUCCUCUCCCGUCGACGACGACCACCACAUGUCCGUCGACGAGUCAGAUGCCGUCACCGCGCUGAAGAAUAUCGCUCGGCAGCGGGCUCGCCGCGCCGGCACGAACGUCCACCCGACCUUCAUCAACUACGAUCCAUCCCUGAACUCCGCGGCGUUCGACUCCGUGACGAGCAGGUUCGUCAGUCUCUCGGAGAUACCGCUGGAUCUUCUCGUGCCGCCCAAGUUUAAGAGCAGGCGGCUGCCCCGCCCGGGCCGGUCGCGGCCGACGCCGGUAAUGAGCUCGCCGCCUCGGCUGCCGUCGCAGAAGGACCAGCUCGACUGGAAGGUCCCGCCUUGCAUGUCGCCAUGGAAGAACCUCAGGGGGUACACGAUCCCCCUCGACAAGCGGCAGAGGCCGUCGGAGGGCGGCGAGGAACUUCGAAACCGGAUCAGCGACAACUUCGUCAGCCUGACGGAGUCGCUGCGCGCCGCGGAGGUGAAGGCCAGGCUGAUGGAGAUGAGGGCCAAGUUGGUGCUGCGGCGGGAGCAGGAGCUGCGACGGCUCGCCGCCAGUGCGCGCGGUGAGAGGGCAGCAAAGGCUGUUGUUCCGGCGGCGCCGCCGGUGAGCGUGACAGAGGAUCCAGAAGACGAGAAGCCCAAGGCAAAGCACGGCGACUCUGACAUCUGCGGCGCCCAUGCAGAUGAGCAGUUGGAGGUGACGGAGUCGCUGCGCGCCGCGGAGGUGAAGGCCAGGCUGAUGGAGAUGAGGGCCAAGUUGGUGCUGCGGCGGGAGCAGGAGCUGCAACGGCUCGCCGCCAGUGCGCGCGCCGAGAGGGCCGCAAAGGCUGUUGUCCCGGCGGCGCCGCCGGUGAGCGUGACAGAUGAUCCAGAAGACGAGAAGCCCAAGGCAAAACACGGCGACUCUGACAUCUGCGGCGCCCAUGCAGAUGAGCAGUUGGAGAAGGUUACCAAGAAGACAGACGAGGGGACUCCGGCGAGGGCAGCCGGCAAGAGGGAGAGGCCGGUCGAGCUCGACGAGCCGGAGGAGAGCGACGACCCCUUCGACCUUGAUCAAUUCAUGGCUAAGUUUGCUACUUUGGGUAUGGAUGAAUUCGAUCUCGACGAACUACUACGAUCGAUGCUACAUAUCAAAUAGUGUGAGGAUCCAACCUACCUUCAUAUGCUGAUGGUAAUGUCAAUUCUUCGUCUAGUUUAUGUUUAAUCAAUUAUUAUUUCAGUCUGGGUUGUAUAAGAGAGUACUACAUGUGUAUGUUCAGACAUUGUCGCUGUUUUGUCAGGCUAAGUCGCUAAGGAUAUUUACAAGGUAUUUUUCUCCCUC